ACUCUCGUAAAACCGUCACACUCGCCUUCGGCUCGUGUGUCAAAUUUUUCCUCGAGCAGAAUAUGCUGUAUUCCAAACUUGUUACAGAAUGUACUAUUUUAACAUUACUUUUUAUUUUUGUAUUAAGAUAUUAAAAUGAUUUCCACUUUAUUAUUUCACAGUUUUAACGAUUGUCUGACAUUUAACAACUGUCAAUUAAUUUUAAACUUGAGCCCGUGACUUAAAACCUGUUGCUAACUUCAGCCCGCGACUAAAACGCCAUAAAACCACAACUUGUGUAUUUAAAAGAUCACAGUAUCAUGAAAACAUAUAGGUUUUAAAGGUAUGAGUAGAAAAAAACUAUUUUUAAUGCGAAUAUAAUUAAUAAUUUAUCGAUGUGGUGUGGAACGACCCAUAUGUGACCGCCCCUGCGGGCAAUCAAAAAUCUCUGUAACCUGUAAUUUACCAAACGACGAACCAUGCCGGUGUCGGGCGUUAUAAGCCAGAGGCAGCGUCCCAUCAUGACCAGUCGGCGCGAAACCGCUACCACAAACAACCAUUAAAAUUUAUUUACGCGAGAUGUUUCUCAAAGGCAUCUUCCUCGCGGUGGUUUUAGUUGCCGCGAGUUCUUCCGGUUCCAAGUCGGCGUGGAAUCCGGUGUACGUGCCGGAACCGUAUCCGAACCACCCGCAGCCUCAUCCCGGGUACGAUUACGGGCACCAUGGUUACGACUACGGUCACCACGGUUACGAUUAUCAACAGCCACCCCAGCCGCCUGCGUAUCAUUAUCAUCAGCAUCAUCAUAAAGUGCAUCAAGUGGUGCCCAGGGAUUAUAUGGUGGAUGUGGUAAAUGAUUUGGGGUUAAAGUUGCUUGCGGUACACAAUGAAGACAAUGACAACAACAUUGCUCUAUCGCCAUAUGGGGCCCUCAGUAUGUUGGUUGUUUUGGGGGAGGGCCUAGCAGGGGAUGCCCUCCACGAAAUCCAGCAUGCUGCUCAUUUACCUAACGAUAUCUCUAUUGUACGAGUCGGACUAAGAGACAUACAUAGGCAUCUAAAAAGCUACUUCAUACCAAAAGAAGGAUUUUUGGCUGGCCUUACGCUAAACCACGACAAUGUCACUCUAAACUCAAACUACGAGGACAUUCUCAAGUUCUAUGGUUUCGAUGUGGCCUCUUUCAACAAUGCUCUGUACCCCGCACCAAUGACCACAGAGAAACCUGAAUCAACAACUACAAUGGUUACCGAGACCAAAGAAAUGAAUAUUACCACAAUGCAACCUACUACGGAAGUAAAAAUGACCACAAUGCAACCUACUACGGAAGUAAAAAUGACCACAAUGCAACCUACUACGGAAGUAAAAAUGACCACAGAAAUGACCGCAACCGAGUUACCCACUACAAAGAAAAUGGAGGUUACCACACUUAAAAGCCUUGCUGAAACUUCAACGGAAAUUACUACAGAAAACAGUACGCUAUCCGCUGAUGUUGAAACAAAAAAUAAUGAAACUACAACUGUAAUGCCUGAGAGUACAGUACAGAGUACAGAAGCUACAACCACAAUGGAGACCACGAGUGUUAAGGAAUCGACUACAGAGGCGAAGACUACAACCAGGGAAGUAGAGGAAACUACAACAAUGAUGCCUACUAGCACUACAGUUGGUACUACACCAAUGACGACUACAGAGGGAACUACAGUUUCCACUGAAAUAACCGCUGAAUCAACCAACUUAACUCCUACAGAAACAACAUUGCCAAACGAUGAUCUAAUAGCAUCAAUAACCGAAAACAUUUUAACUACCAACUUUGCAAUAACAACAAUUGUCCCAUUCGAUACCACAACAACAAACCUGGAAUAUUUUUCGACCCAGGAACCUUUUAUACAGGAAAUACUGCCGACACAAGAGCCCUACGAGUAUCCAUUCUACGGCGACUCUACAGUGGCGCCAGAUUUCUACCCGGAAGUGGACAGCAGAGAAAAUCUUCUGGUGCAAAACAACGCCACAACACUGAAAAGGAGCGCCCGUAGCGUGGUAGAUUACAUCAUAGCAAAAUACUACGACAACUCGUACGAUUCCUACGACCACCAUCAUCACAAAGAGGCCCCAGGCUACGUCCCUGAGGAACCCCUCACCUUCUACGCGCACGGGAAGUACCGCGAAUCCGGGGUGAACUUCAUGCAAUACGAUGCGGUGUUGCCGUUUUUAUACGUGCCGCAUCUGAACGCUUUAGCGUUGAGUUUUCCUUUGGAUAACACCAAGUAUUACUUGUUGCUAUUGCUGCCUUUGAAUGUCGACGGUAUUAACGAUUUGAUAUGCGAUUUGAGGCUGAAUGGGAGUUUGAAGUUCAUCAUUGAGAAUUUGAAAUUGACCAGAGUUAAGGCGACUAUACCGAGUUUCAUGCUUAAAGGAUAUGUGGUUUUAACUCCAACGUUACAAAAGUUGGGAAUACGUAAAAUUUUUGAACCCCGUCACGCAGACUUUACACCGAUGACCAAAGAUAAGGAGACCUAUGUGACAAAUAUAGAGCAAGCCGUUACAGUUACCAUAAGAAAUUACGUCAAUUUGGACAAUUUGCCCAAUUAUGGAAAUUUGCACGAUUCCGACCCUGUCCAUUUUCGGGCCGACCAUCCGUUUUUGUAUUUUGUAAUUGAUGCAGACUUGCAUGUGGCGCUCAUGGCGGGAAAAAUAGUCAACCCACUGAACACUAGAAUCAGAUAAUUUAUAUUUAUUUUAAUUUAUUGUAAUAUUGCUGUAAAUAAACUUUUUU